AUGGCUAGCCCUCCUGUGCUAGCUUUCGAUGCUGAGGGCCGCCCAGUGAAGUUUGACACCUGGCUAGAUGACCUGCACCUCUUCCUACAGCUCACUGCCAAGGAGGACAUCUCACUGUACGAUCACACCCUAGGCCAUGCCACUGCCCCAGCUGCUACUGCUGACAGCACUGCCCGCUCACAGUGGCAGACUCGUGACGCCCACGCUCGCUUUGCUAUUCGCAACUCCCUGCCGAUAGAUGAGCGCGCGCACUUUGGCCAGCACAAGACUGCACAGGCACUGUACACUGCUGUCGUUGCCCGCUACUCCUCACCUGCCUCUGCCGCACUAGGCCGUCUCUCCCUCCCCUACCUGUUCCCCGACCUCGCCUCCUUCCACACAGUCGCUGACCUCAUCACGCACCUCCGUACUAGUGAGGCCCGCUUCCGUGCCGCUAUGCCUGAUGAGUUUCUUGCCACCAACCCCCCCCCGCUCUGGUUCACUCUCUGCCACCUAGUCACCCGCCUCCCUGACUCUCUGCGUGUAGUCAGGGACCACUUCCUAGCUCGCAGCCCCACUGAGCUCACCAUUGCCCUCCUCGAGAAGGAACUGCUUGCAGCUGAGGCUAGCAUAGUCGUUCCUCUGCUUCUGCUGUCAACCUCCUUGGUGCUGAGAAGGUGGGGGACUGCGUCUGCCUCGAGCUGGCACCGCAGCGGCAAGGGCAAAGGGGGCAAGGGAGGCGGAGGUGACGGCGGGGGAGGCGGUGGUGGGGGUGGUGGCGGCGGUGGGGGUGGUGGUGGGGCUGGAGGGACUAGUGGCAGCGGUGGGGGUGGUGGCGGCAGCGGCGGGGGAGGUGGCAGGGGCGGGGGUGGUGUGGUGGGGGCGGCAGUGGACGCGGCCGCGGCAGGGGAGGGGGUGGUCGAGGAGGUGGCGGCGGUGGUGGUGGUCGUGGAGGCGCUGGCAGUGGCCAGAGCCAGCAGCACACUCCGUCGCCCCAGGAGCUCCGUGAGUGGUACUCUCAGCACGGGGGGGGGGGGGGGGGGGGGGCUUAGCUGCACGUACGUCAUCCGCACUGGUGACCGCACUGGUCAGACGUGUGGGAGGGCUCACCCCACGCAGCACUGCUUCUCUCGCCUAGACGACGUUUGGCGCACUCAGUUUCCUGAGGCCUCUGAGCUGCCCCGCUGGGCUGAUCUGAUGAAGAAAAACAUUGAUAUCUUAGCACUAGACUUUGAUGCUAUUCUCACUGCCAUGUAUGUGAUGUCUAUUAGUGGAGAGGGUGCUCAGUACCUGCGUGUUCCGCCCGACCCGGGCAUUCGGACCAGUGAGGCUGCCGCUCUAGGUGCUAGAGUGUCUACUACCCCAGGUGCUGGUGAGGCUACUGCUCUAGCUGCUAGUGAGUCUGCGCCCCCUGGUACAGAGUCAACUGAGGCACUGCACACCUUCACACUGGACUCAGGUGCUUCCCACUGUUUAUUUCGUGACCGCACGGCCCUUGAGCAGCUUGCUCGGCCGGUUGCAGUCUCCCUCGCUGACCCCUCUGGGGGUCUAGUCCUUGCGACCUCUUCCACUGUCCUCCCUUGUCCUGCGGUCCCGUCGGGCACACUCUCAGGUCAGCUGUCGCCCCCCUGCUCGUGUCACUCUCUGGCGCACGAGACCGUCCUCUGGCACCACCGCCUUGGUCACCCGUCCGUGCAGCGCCUUUGGGCCAUGCACAAACGGUACCUUGUCACUGGUCUUCCCAGGGUUCUCCCUCCCCUCCCACCCUCGCCUGCUCCUCCCUGUCUUCCCUGUGUCGAGGGGCGGCAGCGCGCUGCUCCCCACUCCUCCUCGUUUCCCCCGACGACUGCUCCCCUGCAGACGCUCCACAUGGACGUGUGGGGCCCCGCCCGCGUUCGUGGUCAGGUUCAGGAGAGGUACUUCCUGAUAGUUGUUGGCAACUACUCGCGCUACACCACGGUCUUCCCCUUGCGCACCAAGGGUGAGGUCCCUAAUGUUUUGAUCCAUUGGAUCCGCGCUUCUCGUCUCCAGCUCAGCGAGCGUUUCCACUCGGACUUUCCUGUCCUGCGCUUGCACUCUGACAAAGGUGGUGAGUUCUCCUCCGACCUCUUGGCAGCCUACUGUGCGGAGCACGGCAUCCGCCAGUCGUUCACGCUUCCGGCCUCUCCACAGCAGAAUGGGGUUGCGGAGCGCCGCAUUGGCUUGGUCAUGGAGAUCGCUCGUACCUCCUUGAUCCAUGUGGUUGCCCCCCACUUUCUGUGGCCGUUUGUGGUCCAAUACGCUGCACAUCAGCUCAACCUUUGGCCCCGUGUCUCCUUGCCUUAG